AUCUGAUAACCGUUAUGAGAUAAUUAUUUUUGCAAGAUAUUGUUAGAUAACCCCCUGUUUUUAUGUUAAACCAGAGAUGCAAACACAUCUGCCUCGUAGGGACAAACGUCGUAUGUAUAUAUAGCCUAUUGUGUUCACAUAGCCGAACAGUUAUCGAAUAGAAAAUGAUAAAAUGCUGAAGGGUAUAAGUACUGAACGAUACCCCGAGAUGACCCUGACCACCGUCAGCUAGACAAAACACGCAACCAACCAAACAGAGAUGUUAUCCGCCAUGGCUAUGGUAUUCAUGGUCUUACCCCUGUUUGGAGACGCACAUUAACCGGCUAUCACGGGAGCUAGCAGUGUCUGUAUUACUAUACAGCUGAUGUGGACUAUGGGAUCAAAGCGUUUUACAUUCGUCCGCCAUGCGAGUGUCACGGUGGUUUGUUUGUGUUCUAUAGUCAUUAUGGCGGUCCUCUAUUCACAACUUACCAUUACCAACAAGGCUAAUUGUAUUACCGUCGAGACCACUGGAAAUCAUGCAUCCUCAUGGGCAAUAAACAAUCACUCUAAUCACUCGAAGUUGUCAUCAACAAAGAAAAUCCUUGUCUAUAGUACAACAAGAUGGCUUAAAGAUUGGGUAGGAACUAAAUGGGACACGUCUGAUGUGUUUCAGUCGUGUCCAAUGACUAAGGACUGUAUCCUCACAAAAGACAAGACUUUCCUUCAUAAGGCCGAUGCUGUGAUGUUCAGUUGGGAUGCUCUAGGAGAACGAAGGUCAAAACGAAAACAAGGUCAAGUUUGGAUUUUAUUUGAAUACGAAUCACCACAUUAUUUCCGGCCAGAUUCAAGCUGCUGGCGAAACGAUAUUGUCAACUGGACGUUCACAUAUCGGCGGGAUUCCGACUUCACGUUGGUACACGGACAGUUCUCACAACACGACACAGGGUACAAUGUGAGUGAGAUGAACCAAUUAUUGCGAUCGAAAUCAAAGACAGCUGUUGGCUUUAUAAGUCAUUGCAAAGCUCGUUCAAAACGAGACGAAUUUGUACGCAAACUUCGAUCAUACGGCGUGGACAUUGAUAUAUAUGGCAAAUGUGGAAAUCUUACGUGUGGUGGGGGAAAAGACACUAAAUGGAAGGGCGUGUGGAAUGUGACGUCAGGACAUAGAGAUAAUUGCUUUGAUGUACUAGACAGUCCGUACAAAUUUUAUCUUUCUCUGGAAAAUUCUUUAUGCAAAGAUUACGUCACAGAAAAGUCCCUACAUCUUGUAUUACGUCAUCAAAUUGUGCCGAUAAUUAGAGAUGGCGCCAAUCGUUCACUAUAUCACCCCCCACACUCCUAUGUUGAUACAAAGGAUUUCAAAAGCAUAAAAUCGCUUGCAAAAUAUAUCAAAUUUUUAUCAGAAAAUUUUGACGAGUAUUUGAAGUUUUUUAAGUGGAGAAAACAUUAUUCUGUUGGAACUGUAAGUGGUGUGUUGCAAUCUUCUCUUUGUGAUAUGUGUAAUCGCAUGCAUCAUCAGCAGCGUUACAAACGAUUGUACAGUAAUUUGGAAAACUUUUUCACGAAAACGCACGACACCAAAACAAAUCAAGGUAUUUGUAAAGCCGCAAAGGAUGUUCGGUAGAGUGA